AUGGCCUCCCUCGCCGACGAAUACCCCACGACCCGCAUCCUACGGGACUCGUGGGGCAUUCCGCACAUCUUCGCAAAGACGGACGCGGAGGUGGCCUUCGGGCUGGCCUACGCCCACGCCCAGGACGACUUCGCCACCAUCCAGAAGGCCCUGCUCGCCUCGCGAGGCCAACUCGCCACGAUCGAAGGCAAGACCGCGUACAUGAACGACUACCUGGUGCACCUGCUCCGAUUGCGGGAGAGAGUCGACGCAGAGUACGAUAAGCAGCUGUCGCCCCACAUGCGCGAGGUGCUCAGCGCCUACGCCGACGGACUCAACUUCUUCGCCUACUGGCACACCACCCGGAUUCCUUCGUUCAUCAAGCUCGACGAGGUGGUGCGCAAGCUAGCGGGCGAGGGCAAGGACACCAAGGCCCAGCGGCUGAUGAACCUCGAGGCCCAGAAGAGCGACAUGCGCGAGACGCUCGGGCGGCGGUGGACCCAGCUCCAGCGCUACGUGGUCUCGCUCGUGCCUCUCCUCGCCGACUCUCUCCCCACGGAGCAGGCCGGCGUGGUCGUCGCGACCGAGCCUCGGGCCGCCGCCACCUUAACCACAGCGCCCGCAGCCACCUUAACUGCCACCGCUACCUUAGCCACCACCGACGCGCACCACGAGCCCGAAGCGUUUGGGGUGGUCACUGAGGAGGCCGCUGCUGCUGGCGGCAGCGGCGGCGGCGUGGAGAUCGAUGGCGUCGUAUACACACAAACGGGAGCCAACGCCACUGCUGUCGGUGACGUGCAGGCUGCGGCGGUGCCUGGUGAACCCGCCCAGGCACACGGUGGCGACGCGCAAUCAGCAGACGUUGAGUCGACCUACAGCGACGACGCGAGCGCGGAACGUGGUGGUGACGAUGAAGGUGAGGCGCCGCUCGCCAAGCGAGCGUUUGCGUCGAACGCGUUCGCGGUGUCGGGGCGGAAGACGAAGGACGGGUCCACGUUCCUCGCCAUCAACUCACACCAGCCAUGGGCCGGACCCUUCAGCUGGUAUGAGGCGCACCUGCACAGCGAAGAAGGCUGGAAUUUUGUGGGUGGAGUCUUUCCGGGCUGUCCCAUUCCGCUGUCGGGCCACAACCGCCAGCUCGGGUGGGGGCACACGGUAAACAGCCCCGAUGUGGUCGACGUCUACGAACUGACGAUGGACAAGGACCACCGCCUCCGCUACCUCUUCGACGGCGAAUGGCACACACUGGAGAGCAAGAUCGUCCCCAUGUCGUUGAACAUAUUCGGGCGGUGGAGCUGGGAGGUGGAACGCGAGGUGCUGUGGUCGCCGUCACACAACGCGCCAGUCAUUCAGAACCCUCGGGGCACGUACGCGAUUCGGUACUGCGGCAGCGAGAGGAUCGAUCAGCUGGAGCAGUGGCUGGCGAUGACCAAGGCCACCACCUUCGAGGAGUGGUCGGCCGCCCUCGGCCGGCAGACCAUGCCCCUCCUCAACGCUGCAACAUCUUCUACGGCUACAACGCGCUGCUUCCCCAGAACCGGUCGUCCGCCGACCACGACUGGGAACACGUCGAGUACGGUGUGGCCUCCGACGUAUGUGCCGUGGGACCGGCUGCCCCGCGUGCUCAACCCGUCGUCGGGCUUCGUACAGAACUGCAACUCGUCGCCGUUCCGGGUCACGUCGGGCGGCCGCGACAACAACCCGUCGCCGGCCGACUUCGACGCCGACCGCGCGCCCGCCGUGUCGGGCAUGAUUGAGCGCCGCAUGACCAACCGCGCCCUGCGCGCCCUCGAACUGCUCAGCGCCGCCCUCGUCGACAACAACAGCAACGACACCGACAGUGUCGACAGUGCCGGUGACAAGGGUGGAUUGGAUGCGGACCAGUUCGUGCGGAUCAAGUUCGACGAGACCUACGCGCGCGGGUCGCUGAUGGCCUACCUCGUCAACCACUCCCUCGCCGCCUACGACCAACAAGUUGAGGAGGUGGGGAAGGAGCAGCUGCGGAGGGACCGCCCGAUGUUGGUGCGGGCCAUGGCGCUCCUCCGUUCGUGGGACCUCGCCAUGAGCGGCCACUCCAUCGCCGCCCCGCUCGCCUUCUUCGCAUUCCGCCACCACCUGGCCGAGCCUGGCGCCAUCGCCCACCGCUUCUACACCCGCCGCGGCGAUCGCGAAGACGGCGACGGCGACGGCCAAGCCAUCUCCCUCGAUGAACUGGGCCUCACGCCCGGCCGCCUCCUCGAUGACGUGGAGAACGCGGGGCGCGACCUAAAGUGGGGCGCGGGGCGAAUGGAUCCCGAGUGGAGCCACCAGCAGCGACUGAUCCGCGGCCGUGCGGAGUUUGACCUCAGCGGCGGACCCGACGUCCUCCACACCAUCCAGGGUACGGUCGAUAUCAAGAAGGCCCGCGUGGUGGCCGACUCGGGUGACGGCUACGUGCAGAUCGUGCGAUGGGACGCCCACGGCCAGGUGCACUCGCAAGCCGUCCAGCCCUACGGCGCCAACACUUUCACCAAGUCGUUGCAUUUCCGAGACCAGGCGCCGCUGUUCGCCGAGCGACGGCUGCGAGAGGUCCACAUGGAGGAGCGGCUCCUCAUGGACGGCGCGCACCUGGAGGAGGCCUACCGGCCGGGCCGCGAGGACGAGCUGGGCAAGCGCGCCCUGGGCCUCCUCGGCGAGAUCGGCGUCCACAUGCGCAAGCAGGCCCGCGCCAGCGCCAACGCCGCCGCAGCGGCGGCCGCGACCCGCGGGGAAGAGCCGGGCGACGAGGGCGCCGGCCAGCCCGCCAAGCGGCAGCGCUCGCGGCUGCGCGAUAUGCGAGAAUAG